AUGGCAUAUUAUGCUGCGACAAUUCAUCAAAGUGGUGUCAUAGAGGUUAUGGACUAUUUGAGAGAUGAAGCUGAUAAAGGGAAUGUUAAAAAUAUUGGAUUUUUGGCACCUUGCCAUUCAACUCCAUUUUAUAGUAAUUUGCAUAGAAAUUUAGAAAUUCAUAAUAUCAAUCUAGAAGAUUAUUUAGAUGAAGCAGAUCAAUUUUAUAAAAACCCUCUUGAUUUCAUUUAUGCUAAUUUUGAGCAACCGACUUUUAACAAUUCAUUCUCAAAUAAUUCAUUAAGAAAAUGGCCAAGUCAUUUAAUAAUUUUUGAGGUAUUGUUGAAAGACAUUGAGCCCGUCUUGAAACAAUUGGAGUACUAUGAG